AUGGGAAAUGGCAAGGGGGAACAUCAGAUCUCGGGGGUGGCAGCAGAGUGGGGAACGGAGACGCUGCCUACCACUUGGGGGGCGCGCUUCUGCCGCGCCAUUGGCUUCUCCUGCCACCAUGUCAGUCUUCCUCAUGACGGCUUGGACUCCAGCGUCAGCCGUGCGCGCGACAGACGCGAUCUUGCCCACGCGCGGCACCAGAUCUUGCAGCAGCACCAGCACCAGCACCAGCAGCGCGCACCGCCUUUUGACAAACAGGGACACCCCUCCUUACGACGAAGCACGAGCCUACAAUCGUCCCAAGGUCCACGUCGCACCACGUCAAACUGGCCAAUUCCCGACGAACUCAUAGAUUGGCCUGAUUCCGAUGUGCGCUGGCCGCCUCGCGACCACCAACUGCACGCUGUCGACUGUCGCACUACAUUUGACGCUCGUCAGCCAACCCAUACGCUUCGCCUUUUGUUCUAUGUGCGCCCUUGUCGUUGCGCAACCAAGUUUUCUGUCUAG